UCGAGACUCUCUCUCUCUCUCUGUCUGGGGGCUCAGAAUCAUCGAUCCAACGGAAGGUCCGAUUAAUUACCUCUCCUCUAAACCUUCCAUCCUCUCUAGCUUCUUCUUCUUCCCACUCAACUCCGCUUCUGCCUACUUCUCCUCGACCCCUAUCGUUGCUUCGGAGAAGACGAAGAUGAGCUUCUUUGGCCGUGGCAGCAGUUAGAGGAUUAGCCUUCUGGCGUCGCGUCCCGGCAUCUUGAAUCGGUAACUCCUCCUUGGUUCACUGCUAUGGCGAUGUGAUUUGAUUGCGUUCCAUCGACUGCGCAUGCAGGAAUCAGAGGACCUUCAGGCCCAAGAAGAGCGCCCCGUCAGGGAGCAAGGGUAUGCAGUUGAAAAGGCACAUUGACGCCACUCUCGGCAGCGGUAACUUGCGAGAGGCGGUCCGUCUGCCGAUUGGGGAGGAUCUGAACGAAUGGCUGGCUGUCAACACUGUUGACUUCUUCAAUCAAGUGAACAUUCUGUACGGCACCCUGAUGGAGUUCUGCACGCCAGCUACUUGCCCGGCCAUGUCAGCCGGACCAAAGUAUGAGUACAGAUGGGCUGAUGGAGUCAAGAUCAAGAGACCUAUCGAGGUAUCUGCCCCAAAGUAUGUGGAGUACUUGAUGGAUUGGAUAGAAACCCAGCUUGACGAUGAAUCCAUAUUCCCUCAAAAGCUCGGGACUCCUUUCCCUCCUAACUUCCCUGAUGUCAUCAAGACGAUCUUCAAGCGCCUCUUCAGGGUGUAUGCGCACAUAUACCACUCGCAUUUUCAGAUGAUUGUGAAGCUCAAGGAAGAAGCACAUCUCAAUACUUGCUUCAAGCACUUCACCCUGUUCACACUGGUAAUUCCCUAUCUGCAAGAAAUCGCACUUGCCAGCGUUUUUGAGGCAAUUGAAUCAUUGAUAAGAAUGAAAAGUAGUAAAGUUCUCCAGUAAAAAUCAAACCAGGCAAAAUCUCUUCCUUUUUUUAUAAAAAAAUCAUCCUAGUAGGCUCUCAAACAAACUAAUGCUCUUUUUCUUAAAAAAGAAAAGAGAGAAAGAAGCACAAUAUAUCCCAAGAAGUGAGUAAUUAGUAGUACCUUUAUGACAGCUCGCUGAAGUUCUUGUAGUUUUUUGGCUUAUGGUAAUCAGCCUUUUUGUUUCUAUGAAGAAAUUAUCAUUUCAAGAUUGUUGCUUUUGUUAACUGCGCCAUUUGCAUCCAGCUGAAUGUUAAUAAGAAAAAUCCAAGCUUCUAAUAGCAUUAGUAGACUUUAGACAAUUUUUGGAGCUUGGAAGGUACACUGGUACUUUUACAUAUUCUUUUGUAAAAAAACCGUCAGGAGAUUUUUUUUUUUCCAUAUUCAGUUAGAUGGUUUUCACCGGUUGACCUUCUCUCGCAAAGGCAACUCUACGAAAUUCAGUACUUCAGCUUGUCAGGUUAUCAGAUAUGUAGUAGACCAGUCUUUCAUGGAAUGCCACUAUGCCAAUAACGAGAGUUGCCUUUGGUGCAGUGAUUCAAAUACUUUUUUCCUUUUGUUUGAGCUUAUUGCUUUAGCAGUUGUGAUCCAUCAUUCUGCACGCAAAGAUAUGCUACUUAUUCUUAAGUACCGCGCUUUGUAAAAAUUAAGGACUUGUUGUGAGCACACAAGCAUUCCAUUUGUCAUGUGCUUUCCUUGUUUU